AUGUUCUAUAGCCACGAGAUCCUCACCAGCCACCAGUUCGGCGUUGCGACAAUCUGGGUCAUUGCCACCGUUGGUCCUCGUGGCGCCGGUACUCACAAAAAGGUGUCGCGUCGGGCCAUCGAAGAUGUAGAUAUUCGGAAGGCCUGCGAGAAGAUCAUUCAACCGGGAGCGCCCAUCUCUCUGCGCUUGCAGAGCAAUCUGCUCUAUGGCGUCUCUCGCGUCUACUCGUCGCAGUGUAAAUACAUGCUCACCGAUACAGAGAAGGUUCAGACGACGAUGAGAACCUUCCUCAGACUCAUUGCCAACAACGAGACUGACCCCAAAGCCGGAAGAGCGAGGCGCGAGCAAAUUACCUUGAGCGACGACCCGGGCUUCGUUCCUACGAGUGUCAUGCCCUACUUCACCAUCGACGAGGACGGUAAUCCCUGCUUCGUUGCUGGAAGUCAGCCUUCUUCGGGGUCUAAAAACAAGUCGCAGUCGCAACUCAGUCCGUUUCCCGAUCCCAUUGACUUCCUUGACGACAGCGGCCACGGAAAUUCGCUUUUCCAUCUCGACUUCUCCCAGUCGCCAGAUAUCCCGGAUUUCCGCUUGCCUUCCCCCUUCGCUCAAGGAUCUGCACAGAAGACGCUCCUUCCUCGAUCUCGGGACGAUAUGGAACUCGACAUGAAUGCAAACCCGUUUGGAGCUCUGGACGACUUCGAUAACUUUGGUGGCGUGGAGCUAGCCAUUGACGAAAAUGGAGCAGUGAUCCUGGACGAACAUGAGCUCGAGUUACCCGAGCUUGCAGGAAUCGACAUGGGUGAGGUCGACUUUCCAAUUCAGCAUGAUCAGGGUGCGGACGCGCAUCAGGUUGCUGGCGAUGUCUUCGCUGUCGACGCUCAAGAUGCUGUUCCCUUGCUCGGAAGCGAUCCUCUUCCAGUCUCGGGUGAUGCGCCAUUGGUCCCUGGAACUCCGCGGGGAGCUCAGAGUGAUCAAGCUGUUGCUCCUUCCAAGAAGCGUCGCCGCAUUAUAAAGCUGGAUAACGGCACGCAACUCUCCCGUUCAACCCUCAAAUCCUGGCAGGAAGACUAUCUCGACAACGCGAAAAGAGCAAACAAAAGGCGCAAGGGCAAUUCCAACCAAGCCAAAGAGAACGCCUACUUCUUUGUUUUUGGAAAGGGCAUUGGAGGCGUGGGUACCUAUGGGGCUGACUUUCCCUUGGCUGAAAUGUUCGCGGGCAAAGGCCUUCGGGAUAUCAUUUACGGCCCACCCACCGAAGAAGAGCGCGAGGCUCAGACACCUUCCCCCAAGAGCCGUCGGAGACGAGCAGGCGAUGCAUUUGGAGAGGAUGGCGAUGGAAAUAUGGACCGAAACGUUCGGCCCAGGGUCGACGAGACUCCACAGCAGGGCCGCUCUAUGGACGACGACAUUGGCUUCGAGAUGGAAUUCGGCGAUGAUUCAAUGCCCGAGAUGGGCAUGGAAGCUGGCCAGCCAAUGCGCGACAACCAUUCAUCCUCCAUGAUGCCUUGGGCCCAAACCCCCUCGGUGGGCAGAGGCUCUUCCGUUGCCAGCCACAGCGCUCAGCGGCAUAGUCGUCAGAAGUCUGCCAGCAUCCGCGGAAGCAGCAUGCCACCGUUCGAGCCGCUUCAUGAUGCGCAGCACACGGAUGAUUUCGACGCCCUUCCCUUCGACAUGCCCGCAUCACAGGAUUUGGCAUCCGAUGGACCGGCCGGGAUUCUGGUCGAUGCCCAGCAGGAAGGCGAGAACGAUUCUCAAUGGAUGCGAUCGAUGCUCGACACCGCAAGUGGGGAGUUCCUGCAAUGGACCGAGGAAGAGGCCAAGAAGACGGGCCAGAUUAAGGAGAGUGAUGUGAAGAAGAACCGCCGAUGGGUCGAGUUCGAUGAUCUCAUUGAGCCCACGAAGCAGAACCACGUCGUCGCGGCCCAGGCGUUCUACCACGUGCUGUCUCUAGCGACCAAGGACGCCAUUACGGUCGAGCAGCAUGUCGCGGACCUUCAGCCCUUCGGACCCAUUCGAAUUGGAGUUGACAUGACGGCGCACAUCAACAGCGAGGAGUGA